UCCAAUUCUGUAUUGACUUUGAUUUCUAAUUAUUUAAUCUCUAUGUAAACAUGUGUGUGUUUGUCCAUCCGCAUUGAUCUGCUUGCCCCUUGCAUUUCCUGAGCAUAAUUUGAUUUGUGAUUUAAAUAUUUGGCGUUUGCGAAUUCUGAAUUAGUUAUAUAGCUCAGUUAUUCAAUAAUUCAAUAUAAUGUUGGAAUUUAUGAACUGAUUGAUCGGUAAAGCUUGUGGUUUGACGCAGGAUAAAGGUUAGGCAAACCAAAUUGCAUGGUUUUAAGGUUGAUUGUUUUCCUGAUGUAAAUGCGUCUCGUCUCUUGUUGUUCAGAUCAUACCUUUCUCCCUUUAGUGAAUAAUGUAUUGUGGUUAGCAUUUCAUAAAUGAUCUUGGAUACUUGGUUGAUUUUUGUCUUAUAUGGAAACUCUAAUGCGUUUGAUGCGGUGUGGUCUUUCUAGUCAAUUGAGGGAAAGUUCAAGAGUUCUGAAGAUUCAGAAUGAAGAACCAUGAGCGACUUGCUAAUUUGGCUCUGGCAGUGGAUAGUCCUUAAAUCAUCACGGCCCUUUGUAAUGUAUUCCUUCGUCUUGGUUUCGACAACAACUUAGUCUCUUCUUUUGGCACAUUCUUACCUCAUGCUUUAUUGUUACAGGUGGGAUGUUAUCGCUCUGUCAAGCCUACUCCGCCAUCAGUAAGUUGGAUUCUAUUACACAUCCAGAGAAACGAUGUCCAGCGAACAUGCCAUGCGGUUUCCAUUGGUUAGGAGUGCAAUGUUGCUGUCACUGUUUUUACUUUUAACAUUUCUGUCGAAAGACUUGGUUAAUGCUGUUGUGACGUGCUAUUUUUUUGUACUUGGGAUUGCUGCACUAGCGGCAACAAGUUACCCGAAAUUAAAGGAUUCCUGCCCCAACCAUGGAAUCAUAAUGUUAUUACAUGGCGUUUCCCAUAUUUUCGGUAUAUUCAUGUUUAUAUAUUUCUUCGCAGCUUUGGAGGUUGAGUUUACUAAAUCACAGUUGUUGGCAUUCGAUGAAUCAUAUUCAAAGGCUGAAGAGACCGACGAAAACUCUAACAAGAAAGCAGACUGAGACUCGGUUGGUAGACCGCAGAUGAUGUGCAAACUUACAGAAAACGUCGAGGACAUGUAUGAAGCCUUUUUGUAGUCGAAUAACUUGAAAACCGAUAUUAGAUUUUCAGUCUGAGAAACAGACUCUGAUGAAUCCUUUUAGAAAUGAUCACAAGAAGUUGGGCACCAAAAAAACGAGAGGAGAGCAUUAUUAUACUGCAUGUGUAUGUUUAUUUGAUU